AUGAAUAAUAAGGCAGCUGGUGUGAGGACACAGAUUAAAGUGCCCUUGGGAGCUUGGUCAUGGGAUACGGCUUCAGGUGAAGAAUUUAGAGUGGGUGCAGGACUGGCAGAGCCCUAUGCCAUCACCUGGUGUGCAGUGGAAUAUUUUGAAGCAAGUGGUGCCAUUUUCCAAAUGCUCCUCCAACACAUCUCCCCCAACAACCUUCACUAUGGAAGAUCUCUCCUCCACCAUGCCAUCCUAUGUGGCAAUACAGGAGCCACUAAGGUCCUCUUGAAUUGUGGCACCGACAUAGAGUCCCCUGUUAAAACCUCCGAGAAAACCGAAUUUCGUCCAAUACACAUGGCUGCCCGUCUCGGAUUGUCAACUAUUCUUCAAUGCCUGAUUGACUCUGGCUGUGAUCUGAAUGCAACAACAAACACUGGUGAGACAGCUCUGACGAUUUGUGCAAAAUACAAGCAAGCAGACUGCCUUAGGGUGUUGGCAACAGCUGGUGCCGAUUUUGGCUUGGUCAAUAUAGCAGGCCAGUCCGCUAGUUCAAUUGCUGGGUCAAAUCGAUGGUGCCUCGGUUUUCAGCAAGCUGUGCUAAACUUAAUUAGGGUCGGAAAGGUUCCCAAAUCAAGCAACAUUUCUGUCUUUUCACCUCUAAUGUUUGCCGCUCGAUCAGGAGAUGUUCAAGCCUUAAGAGCUCUGAUUGAGCAGGGAGAAAUUAACCUUGAUAGUCAGGAUGACAAAGGUUUCUCGGCAGUCAUGGUUACUGCCAUGGAGGGACAUGUUGAAGCCUUCCGGUUGCUUGUAUAUGAGGGGGCUGAUGUAAAGCUCAGUAACAAACUUGGCAAGACAGCGAUUACGCUGUCUAAAUUGAAUCAGAAUCACGAUCAAUUUGAGAAAGUACUGCUUGAAUUCGCCCUUGAAAAGGGGAGUCAGUGCGCUAGAGGUUUUUAUGCCCUGCAUUAUGCAGCUCGCCGGGGAGACUUAAAUGCAGUUAAAUUGUUGACAAGUAGGGGUUAUGAUGUGAAUGUUGCUGAUGGGGAUGGCAACACACCACUGAUGUUGGCAGCAAGAGAAGGCCAUGGAAGCGUGUGCAAGCUUUUGAUCUCUAGUGGAGCACGUUGUGAUGUCAAAAAUGCAAAGGAAGCACACCAAGGCAGGGAAGGAGCUCCACAUAAGAAAUUUCUCAAAAUGUUGGGAAAUGAAGGGGUACUGCAGUGGGGGCGUUCCAGCCGGAGAAAUGUGAUAUGCGGAGAUGCCGAGGUGGGACCAAGCUCUGGUUUUCGGAGGUUCAGGCAAAGGAAAGGUGAUGGCGAUGUACCCGGACUGUUUCGUGUAGUCACAACAAAUAAGAAGGAAUUCCAUUUCGUGUGUCAGGGUGGACUGGAAACGGCGGAGCUGUGGGUGAGAGGAAUAAAGCUUGUGACAAGGGAAGGAAUGUUUGGUAAGAUGGAGAGUGGUCCAUGA